UUGCACUCAAUAGUAAAAAAAAAAUCGAGGAAUUGGUUUGUCAGAAACUGACAUUUAUUGAUCCAGGGUCAGAAAGUGGAGAUGGGAAAUCGGGAAAAAAAUUGCCCCGAUCCCCAACCAAUUUGAUCCUUGCUCUAUCCACGGCUUUACUUUCAGGAUUAUUUUGCAAGUAAUGUGGUGCAGUGGUAAGAACACCAGAUUUGGAGAGGGCCUGGGUUCAAAUCCCAAGUACCUAUGUCACCUUCCCCUCGAUGGGCCUCAGUUUCCCCAUCUGUAAAAUGAGGGUUUUAAGGGAGCUGACCUCUGAGGCCCCCUCCAGCUCUAGAGUGAGGAUCAUUAUGCUUCUGGGACUUCUAGGAAGAGGUGAUAAAGACGAAGGGGACCUGGGGAAAAGAAAGGUGUGAGCACCGAGUGAGCCCCAGAAAGGGAGUGGGAGUCGAAGCUGGAGUCGGGGCCCAAGCCCGGGUGGGAGGGGGAGCCUGGGCUCGGGAAGCAGCGGCGGCGCGCUCCACCCAUUCGAAGCCAACCGGCCGGCUCGCGGGCGGGAGCGCGCGUGCGCGCGCGAGGUUUAGCGUGCGCGCCCCCCAGCUCCGGGGCUGCGCACGAUGGGUAAGAAGCGGUGCGCGGGGGGAGGCUGUUCCAAGAUGGCGGCGGGCUGCUGCGGGGUGAAGAAGCAGAAACUGUCCAGUUCGCCCCCGUCCGGCUCGGCGGCCGCCUCCUCGUCUUCUUCUUCGUCUUGCACGGCCGGCCCGCACCCCCCGUGCGGCGGUGGCGGUGGCGGCAGCAGCGAGGGCCAGGGCCGGGCCAGGGAGCUCGGGCUGGGGGGCGCAGGCGCCCGGCUCAACGGGCUCGCAAGCGGCGGCGGCGGCAGCAGCGUGGGGGGGAUUCCCUUGUCGGCGCCUUCGGGCUGCGGCGGGGGGAGCCUGCUCCCAGCCGCCGCCGCCCCCCCCGCGGCUGCCCCGCCGCAGCCGCCACCGCCGCAGCCUCAACCGCUGGCGGCCCCCGCGCCCGGCGGCGGCGGCGCCCGGAAGAUGGUCGUGUCGCCCGAGAUGUGCUGCUUCUGCUUCGACGUGCUCUACUGUCACCUGAACGGCUACCAGCAGCCCCCCCCCCGCUUCACCAACGAACCCUACCCACUGUUUGUUACAUGGAAGAUUGGUCGAGAUAAACGAUUACGUGGAUGCAUAGGUACUUUUUCUGCCAUGAACCUGCAUUCAGGACUCAGGGAGUACACACUUACCAGUGCCCUUAAAGAUAGCCGUUUCCCCCCAAUGACAAGGGAGGAGUUGCCUCGGCUAACCUGCUCAGUGUCUCUGCUCACUAACUUUGAAGAUGUCUGUGAUUAUUUGGACUGGGAGGUGGGUGUACAUGGCAUUAGAAUAGAGUUCAUCAAUGAAAAAGGAUCAAAACGCACGGCCACCUACCUACCAGAGGUCGCAAAGGAGCAAGGAUGGGACCACAUUCAGACCAUAGAUUCCUUACUGAGAAAAGGGGGCUACAAAGCUACAAUUACAAACGAAUUCAGGAAAAGCAUCAAACUGACCAGGUACCGCAGCGAGAAGAUGACCAUGAGCUACUCGGAGUAUAUUGCCCACCGUCAGCAUCAUCACUUCCAGAAUGGCAUUGGGCACCCUCUGCCACCUUACAACCAUUACUCCUGA